CUUCCCCGCCCUCCCCAAUUUCCACUCCCCCCUACUUCGCUUGUCGCGGUGAGGUCCGCGGUCUGCCCUCCAGCGCUUGCAGCUGUUCCUUGGAAGUAGCAACUCCCUCUCCCCCACCCCAGUCCUGGUCCCGGUCCUUGCUGCUGACGUGAAGAUGAGCAGCUCAGAGGAGGUGUCCUGGAUUUCCUGGUUCUGUGGGCUCCGUGGCAAUGAAUUCUUCUGUGAAGUAGAUGAAGACUACAUCCAGGACAAAUUUAAUCUCACUGGACUCAAUGAGCAGGUGCCUCACUAUCGACAAGCUCUAGACAUGAUCUUGGACCUGGAGCCUGAUGAAGAGCUUGAAGACAACCCCAACCAGAGUGACUUGAUUGAGCAGGCAGCUGAGAUGCUUUAUGGAUUGAUCCACGCCCGCUAUAUCCUCACCAACCGUGGCAUCGCCCAGAUGUUGGAAAAGUACCAGCAGGGAGACUUUGGCUACUGUCCCCGAGUGUACUGUGAGAACCAGCCAAUGCUUCCCAUCGGCCUUUCGGACAUCCCUGGAGAGGCCAUGGUGAAGCUCUACUGCCCCAAGUGCAUGGACGUGUACACACCCAAGUCGUCGAGGCACCAUCACACGGAUGGCGCCUACUUUGGCACUGGUUUCCCUCACAUGCUCUUCAUGGUGCAUCCCGAGUACCGACCCAAGCGACCUGCCAACCAGUUUGUGCCCAGGCUCUAUGGUUUCAAGAUUCAUCCAAUGGCCUACCAGCUGCAGCUUCAAGCCGCCAGCAACUUCAAGAGCCCAGUCAAGACGAUUCGCUGAUUCCCCACUCUGCCUGUCCCGCAGUCUUUGAUGCCUUCUUUCCUUUGCUGCCACCCUUUCAGGAACCCUCUAUGGUUUUUAGUUUAAAUUAAAGGAGACAUUAUUGUGGUGGGAAUAUGAAAUAAAGUGGAAGAAAAGGC